CGUAGGUCGUAGACAGCAAACACAAACAAGUUGAUCAGUUGUUCGUUUCGUUGUAAUUUGUGGGAGCUGUUUACUGAUUAAGCUAAAGAAUGGCCAGCUGGAAAACAGUGCUUGGACUUAUACUUAGUGGCUUUGGUGUAGCAGCCAGCUUGUCUUCAUUUGUCUUCUUAUUUUUUGGAAACUAUCAUGCUGCCAUUUGGGCGCUCAUUUCAGGUCUGCUUGCUGCAGUGGAUUUCCAUCUGUACUACUUGCAUUGGAGAAACAAUUUAGUUGCCUGGCACACCCCUAACACAUUGAAAGACUUUCAGAUCUUGGCAAUAGUCGGCAUGGUGUUUGGAAUUGCUGCGAGUAGUUGGUACAUCUUCUACUUCAUUUACUACAAUCUCCCUAUCCUACCUGUGCCUGACAGUUACCAGAUUGCAGCAGUUUGGUCCUUCAUGACAGCCAAGUGGGGACUGGGUCUCUAUCUGACAUCUCGCCACCUGAUAUCUGAACUGGAGCACGAAUAUCCACAAUUGCUACCCUCACCCUCCUACUCUCGCAAUGUGGAUUACGUCAUCAGAGUUCUUUAAAUAGAUCUAUCUGUCUAUACUCACACCAGUACUUUAUUGUUAAGUUCUAGUCGAAUGAACUUCAGUUCGAUAAGACUGUUCUUUAUUUUAUGCUUGUUGUAACUAUGUUUCAUGUAUCGAGUGAUGAAUAGAAUGUAAGACUUGUUGUAACAUUAGCGCUGAUUCGCCCACAUUACUCUGGUUUUAGCCUGUCCACUAAUUGAGCUUUGGUUGUUAAACCAGAAAACGAAACCAGUUAAUUAUGAUUUUAUUCAAUUAAUCCAAUAAAAUUCGGACUGUUCAAGUCUGUGAUUAUUUGAUUAAAUUAGUUUAACAUUUAAUUUGAAAAGUUAAAACAAGAGAUUAUUUGAUUCAAGUAGUUUAACUUUAAAUUUGAAAGCUAAAAGUUAAACAUUUUAAAGUGUUAUAUUUCGUAAUAAUUUUAAAUAAUUGGCAGUAACAAAGAAUUGAUAUGAUGUUAUUUUUACUUAUCGUUACAACAAGUCGAUACAUAAAUUUUAGUUCUUAUUUUAUGUUCCGUCUUGUCCGUUCUGAACUUCAUGACAAUAUUUGUUUGUUCUGUUUUGAUUUUUUUUUUGUAAUUUCACAAUCUUUUGUACCACAUAUUUGUUAAAUUAAUUCAUAAGCAUACAAUAUGUUUCUCUUACUAUUGAAAUUAGACAUGUAGUAACCCUUUACACUGGAUACUCUUAUGCACUGAUUUUCACAUUUUAAUAUUAUGUAAUAUUGUAUUUUAGAACAAUCAAACUUAUUUGGAGGUAAACAAGAUAUAAGGUAAUAACAUUUCAUUAGUCAUGACUUUACUGUCUCAAAACUUUGCUCAUUGGUGUAGUAGUAUUUCAAAUUAUACUCCACAGAAAUUAUUUAAAGGUGAAGUACUAAAUUUAAAUUACAUAUUUUUUUCUUAUAUUGCUCUACUAAAUACUUGCAGAAUAAAGAAAAAGGAUCUUUUGAAAUAUUAUGGGUUAUUAUAUGGUAUUUUCUAUAGUAAGAGCUAACUGUAAUACACUAUUAGAGCCUAGCUUCAGAAAAUAAUAUUUCCUUCAAUUAAUCACUGUUUCUAAGUCUUGUUGAUACAAUUUACUCGUUAGGUUAUUUCUAUUAUCUUAUAUUACUUGUUGUGAGGGUUAUAUUAACUUGCUUGCGAGUUUGGCCCACAAGUGGUGCUUCUAAGUUGCACUACGAUAUAUUUAAUGUAACUAAGUUACCUUGUUGAAGAAACAUAUUCUGUGAUAAGUGGACUUAUUGUUGAGGACGAGACCACAAAUCUGACCGCUUAAUUAUUAUUAGUUGUAUGGUGAGUCUUGCCGUUUUCUCGUUUACAUUCCCAGAUUGUGCCAUAAAAGUCUUACCACAUAGCUAGCUAGCACACUGCAGUGUCUGGUACAGAAUCUCAAGUAGUAAUUGAGAAAGUAUUCAUUUAAAACUCCUAUCUUUUGAUUCAUUCUCCAUGUUUUUUUCAUUUAAUUUAAAGAAAAUUAAAAGGACAGUUUUAAAUAUGUUGAGAAAAAAUAAACAACAUCCAAUUUUAAAUAUAACUGUUAGUAAAGUUCAGUAUACUUCACAUAUGAAAUAUUUAAUGUGACAAAGUUAACAUUUAAAACUAGAAUUUCAAUAUGUAGCAAACAUUUAAAGGUAUUUUGACAUGAUCUUUGAUUGUCAAUGGUUAGAAUGUACUUUUAGUUGUUAGAAGACCAUACCAUACACAUUCUAUUGUGAUACAUGUAAUUCAAAAAAGGUAGGUCAGCAAUAUUACAAGCACUGAUCUUUAUAGUUAAAUAUUCCACAUAUUUAGUCCAUGUGUGAAAUAGGUUAAGAAUAAGAGCGGUCACAUUUUGUAAUUUUAUAUUAAAACCUCAAGUAUUUUAAUGGAUUAAAUAUAUUUUUCAUACUGUG